CGCACGGAGGCGUAAACAUGGAGGGCAGAGACUUUGAAAUUUAGAUAGAUUACCAAAACUCUCUCUCUCUCUCUCUCUCUCUCUCUCUCUCUCUCUCUCACAAGUUUCCAGAAAGUCGCAGAGAUUAGGGUUUUCUUUCUCCAACUCUCAAGACUCCCAACUCUCAAGACUCACUUUCUCUCUCUCUCUCUCUUCGCCGAUUUAGAAAACCUAGACCUUCGAAAGAUACGAGAAACCAAUGGAUGAAGGCGACGGGGUCGAUCAGAUGGAUCAGUUUCACCGCAACGAGGCGAUCUCGGCGGUGGCCGACGAUGGAUUUUUGGCCGAGGAGGACGAUGAUUAUGAGGACCUUUACAACGACGUCAAUGUCGGCGAGGGGUUUUAUCAGUCUAUGAGAAAGAACGAGGAUUUAGGGUUUAGGAAUGAGGUGGUGGAGGAGAAGAAGGUUGAGGUUGAGUCACCCGAUGUUGCGCCGUCGGAAUCUCAAGGUGGUCCGAUACCGGGUGUUGGGGGCGGUAACGGCGAGGGGACUGGUGGGGAUGGGGGUGAUGGAGGUGUUAGGGGUUCUGGGUAUAAUAAUCAGAAUCUAGGGUUUAGAGGGAACGAGAUGGGUGCGAAGGGGAGUGGUGGGUUGGGGCCCGUUGGGGGCAGCGGAGGAGGUGGGAUUAGGGUUGAAUUAGGGCAAGCAUCAAAUAAGGUGAAUGAGUUUGAGCAACAAAGUGGGAAUAAUAGUGGUGUUGGUGUUCAAGGGAUUGUUUCUCAGCAGCUGCCGCCCCAAUUGCAACAACACCACCAACCACAACCUCCACCACAACAGCAACAAUUACAUGGUGCUGCUGCUGUUGGGAAUAUGGGGAAUGAGGGCAUGUUGAGACAAGCUGGUGGUGUUGGAAGUGGUAAUAUGAAUGGGAUUGGUGGGAAUAGUGGUCCGGGAGGAGGAUUUGGUGGUGCCGCUGGUGGUGGAGCUGGGACAAUAUUGUUUGUGGGUGAUUUGCAUUGGUGGACUACGGAUGCAGAGCUGGAGGCAGAGUUGUGUAAGUAUGGACCUGUGAAGGAAGUGAAGUUUUUCGACGAGAAAGCAAGUGGGAAGUCAAAAGGGUACUGUCAAGUUGAGUUUUUUAAUCCUAAUUCUGCCACGGCCUGCAAGGAAGGGAUGCACGGGCAUGUGUUUAAUGGGCGGCCAUGCGUUGUUGCGUUCGCAUCACCAUUCAGUGUUAAGAGAAUGGGGGAGGCUCAAGUAAAUAGGAACCAGCAGGUUGCCCAAACUGCAGUACCUCAAACUGGUGGGAGGAGGGGGCCCAACGAAGCUGGGAAUAAAACUGGUGGGAGUAACAUUGCGACUGGUGGGAAUUAUCAAGGCGGGGAGAGUAAUAGAGGUUAUGGGAGAGGUAACUGGGGGAGGGGUAAUUCUCAGGGUAUGGGAAAUAGAGGACCAGUUGGUCCAAGGAAUAGGGGUGUGAUUGGAAGGGGUAUAAUGAGUAAUGGUGGAAAUGGGUUUGGGCAAGGUAUUGGUGCAACCCCUCCUAUGAUGCACCCUCAGUCAAUGAUGGGUCAGGGUUUUGAUCCUGCUUUUGGUGCUCCAAUGGGGAGAAUGGGAAAUUAUGGAGGCUUUCCUGGUGCUCCUACGCCUCCUUUCUCAGGAAUUUUGUCUUCAUUUCCACCUGGGGGUGUUGGGCUACCUGGAGUAGCCCCUCAUGUGAAUCCUGCAUUUUUUGGAAGAGGAAUGCCCAUGAAUGGAAUGGGAAUGAUGCCCACAUCAGGUGUUGAUGGGCCUAAUAUGGGGAUGUGGUCCGAUCCUAAUAUGGGUGGAUGGGCUGGUGAAGAGCAUGGUGGUGGCAGAGUUGGGGAGUCUAGUUAUGGUGAGGAAGCUGCUUCUGACCAUCAAUAUGGUGAGGUUAGUCAUGAUAGAGGAGGUGCAUGGCCAAAUGCCAUGAAGGAGAAAGAUAGAGGUUCAGAGAGGGACUGGUCUGGAUCUUCUGAUAGAAGGUAUCGGGAUGAUAGAGAUCAGGGAUAUGAGAGAGAUGUGCCUAGAGAGAAAGAGGUGGCUCAUGACCAUGACUUAUCUGAAAGAAGGUAUCGUGAUGAUGUUGAUGUUAGUCGAGAACGGGACAGAAAUCGUGAUAGGGGCCGAGAACGUUCUCGAGAUCGUGAUCGUGACCGUGAUAGAGAUCGUGAACGAGAACGGGACCGUGACAGGUACAGGGAAGACAGAGACAGAUACGCUGAUCAUCAUAAGUAUAGAGACCGUGAACAGGACCAUGAUGAUGAAUGGGAACAGGGACGGUCAUCGAGGCACAGUAAGGCACGUGUAUCUCAAGAAGAUGACCGUCGGUCAAGAUCAAGGGAUGCUGACUAUGGGAAGAGAAGGCGGCUUACUUCCGAGUAACUGCUCUGCUUCUUAUUUGUGGUUACUUUCCAUUGAGAAAGAAAUGCAAUAGAGUAGAAAAACUUCUGGUGGCUUUUGGUUUGCCGUGCUUAUUUGGACUUUCUUUCAAGUGGUGUUUUUGGUCCUUGAUUCAUCCAAUGGCUCCUCUCACCUCAUUGCGUAGAUUUCUUUAUUGCUUCUGUCUAACAGGAGCAGAGUUAAUUCUCAAGUGGAAAAAAGUUUGAAGGACACUCUACCGUGAGAAUUGAAGCUGUUAAGCAGAACUCAGAGUUUCCGUGGAGAUAAAGAAGGACCUCGAACAUCUACACUGAAGAGACAAUGCACGGCGUUUCCCCGUCACUACCUGGACUUAGAAGCUGAACACUUUGCUUUUAGUUUUAGCUUUCCUUUUGCGUUUAUGUUUUUCAGUUAAUUAGCACUUGAUCGAAAGAGAUUUGUGGAUAUUGUUAUCGCUUGAAAUUGCCCAAGUCUAUGUGGUAGAUUAUUUUGUAACCUAAUAUUUGACUGUUGUAAUAGGACAUAGCAGACGAUGUUGCUAAUAUGCCUUGGUCUGGUUGUAUCUUUUCCCAUUUUUGGUUUUGGGUUUGGGUGUGUACCUCCAAUGCUGUUGUUUGUGCCAAAUUGUUGCCCUUCAUUUGUAGUAAUUGUUUUUAGACCUUUUAGAAAUAGAAUUGUAUAGUCGGCGGCAUCGUGUACAUAACGAAAAGCUGGUGUAUGUUAUCUUGUGCAUAGUGAAUUCAUUCAUUUUCA